GACCUUUUGCAACACCUCUUUUUUUUCUUUCCUAUCCUUCCUGCUGCUCGUCCAGCACCCUUCCCUCGCUUCCACCCUUCUUUCACAUCUCCUUCAUAGGCAGACUCGACUGGGACGGCUUUUACACGGGCCUCGAGCUGUCGACGCAUCCGUCACCAUGGCCCAAUUGAGCGCCGAGCACCAGAACAUGGCUCUGGAGUUGCAGGACGGCUACGUCUGCUUUGGCCAGAGCUUUGGUGCUGAGAAGAGCAUCGCCGGCGAAUUGGUCUUCCAGACGGGCAUGGUGGGCUAUCCCGAGUCCAUCACUGACCCCUCGUAUCGUGGUCAGAUUCUCGUCAUCACUUUCCCUCUGGUCGGCAACUAUGGCGUCCCCGACCGCAACGAGAUGGACGCCCUCCUCAAAGAUGUCCCCGCAUCCUUUGAGGCAAAAGAAAUACACAUUGCGGGUCUGGUCGUCGCCACGUAUGCCGGCGAGAACUACUCACACCAUCUGGCCAAAUCCUCGCUGGGCACAUGGCUAAAGGAGCAGGGCGUGCCUGCCAUAACCGGCGUCGACACUCGAGCCCUCACAAAGCGUAUCCGAGAAGAGGGUAGCAUGCUUGGCCGCAUGCUGCUCAGAACCAGUUCUCCGUACUCCUCGGUGUCGUUGACCGACGGUCUUGUUCACACCGAAACCCUGACCAACGGAAUUCCUGACGAAGAUUGGAGGAGUGAUUUCGAGCAGGUCGAGUGGUCGGAUCCCAACAAGAAAAAUCUCGUCGCUGAAGUCUCGAUCAAAUCCCCUAAGAUCUACUCUCCCGAUCCCUCAAACGCACUCAAGCAUCCCUCCGGCCGCCCCGUUCGGGUAGUAUGUGUCGACGUCGGCCUGAAGUAUAAUCAGUUGCGAUGCCUUGUCAAGAGAGGCGUCGAAGUCGAGGUGGUUCCCUGGGACUAUGAUUUCCCUCAACUGGCGGGCAAGGACUACGAUGGCCUCUUCAUCUCCAACGGCCCGGGUGACCCUGCCAUGAUGGAAGCCACAGUUAAGCACAUCAGGAAAGCCAUGGACGAAGCCAGAACUCCCAUCUUCGGCAUCUGCCUUGGUCACCAGCUACUCGCUAGGGCUGCCGGUGCCGACACGCUGAAGAUGAAGUUCGGUAACCGUGGCCACAACAUUCCCUGUACCAGCAUGAUCUCUGGUCGUUGCUACAUCACCUCACAGAAUCAUGGUUAUGCCGUUGAUGCAAAGACGCUUCCUCGCAACUGGGAAGAACUUUUCGUCAACGCCAACGAUGGCAGCAACGAGGGUAUUCGUCAUGUGAGCCGCCCGUACUUCAGCGUUCAGUUCCACCCUGAGCAUACUCCCGGUCCUCGCGACACUGAGUUCCUCUUCGACGUCUUCAUAGAGACCAUCAUGAAGGCCAUCGACUCUCCUGAGGUUCUUUCUAAACCCGUCGAGUUCCCCGGAGGUACUCUGGAAGAGAACAAGAAGCUGGCGCCCAGAGUCAACGUCAAGAAGGUUCUCGUGCUCGGUAGUGGUGGCCUCAGUAUCGGCCAGGCUGGAGAAUUCGAUUACUCCGGUAGUCAGGCCAUCAAGGCACUCAAGGAGGAAGGCAUCUAUACAGUUCUCAUCAAUCCCAACAUCGCUACGAUCCAGACCUCCAAGGGCCUCGCCGACAAGGUUUACUUCCUUCCGGUAAAUGCGGACUUUGUGCGCAAGGUCAUCCAGAAGGAGCGCCCUGACGGCAUCUAUGUCACCUUCGGAGGACAGACUGCCCUCCAGGUCGGUAUCCAGCUCAAAGACGAGUUCGAAGGUCUUGGUGUCAAGGUUCUGGGAACGCCUAUUGACACCAUCAUCACCACCGAAGACCGCGAGCUCUUCGCCAGGAGCAUGGAGUCUAUCGGUGAGAAGUGCGCCAAGUCCGCGUCCGCAAACACCGUCGAAGAGGCUAUGCGCGUCGUCAAGGACAUUGGUUUCCCUGUCAUUGUGCGUGCAGCAUACGCCCUUGGUGGUUUGGGAAGUGGGUUUGCAGAGGACGAGUCCCAAUUGCUCGACCUGUGUAACAAGGCUUUCGCCGCCAGUCCUCAAGUGCUCAUCGAGCGCAGUAUGAAGGGCUGGAAGGAGAUCGAGUACGAAGUCGUCCGUGACUGCCGUGAUAACUGUAUUACCGUUUGCAACAUGGAGAACUUCGAUCCUCUGGGUAUCCAUACCGGCGACUCCAUUGUUAUUGCUCCGUCGCAGACCCUGUCCGACGAAGACUACAACAUGCUCAGGACGACUGCCGUCAACGUCAUCCGCCACCUCGGCGUUGUCGGAGAGUGCAACAUUCAAUACGCCCUUAACCCCUUUUCCAAGGAGUACUGCAUCAUCGAAGUCAACGCCCGCCUUUCUCGAUCCUCGGCAUUGGCAUCCAAGGCUACCGGCUACCCAUUGGCCUUCGUUGCUGCCAAACUGGGUUUGGGCAUUCCUCUCAACGACAUCUCCAACUCCGUCACUCGCGUGACGUGCGCAUGCUUCGAGCCUUCCCUGGACUAUGUCGUUAUCAAGAUUCCCAGAUGGGACUUGAAGAAGUUCCUCCGCGUCUCCACCCUCCUGGGCUCCUCCAUGAAGAGUGUCGGCGAAGUCAUGGCCAUCGGGAGAACUUUUGAAGAGGCAAUACAAAAAGCCAUCCGGUCUAUUGACGUCAGUAACCUUGGCUUCAAUGAGACUUCGGCUCUCAUGAAGAUCGAUCAAGAACUCCAGACGCCUUCAGAUCAGCGCUUAUUUGCGAUUGCCAAUGCCAUGAAGGCUGGUUACAGUGUGGACAAGAUCUGGGAGAUGACCAAGAUUGACAAGUGGUUCUUGAGCCGACUCAAGGGUCUCAGUGACUUCGAAAAGCUCAUGCAAGGGUACUCCACGACGAGCAUCACGAAGCCUCUGAUGCAGAAGGCCAAGCAGCUCGGCUACUCCGAUCGUCAGCUCGCCAAAUUCUGGGGAUCAAACGAACUUGCUGUGCGUCGUGCUCGUAUCGAUGCUGGAAUCACGCCCGUUGUGAAGCAGAUUGAUACCGUUGCCGCAGAGUUCCCAAGCGUGACGAAUUAUCUCUACCUCACCUACAAUGGGACCGAGCAUGACAUCUCCUUCAAUGACCACGGUAUCAUGGUCCUUGGUUCUGGCGUUUACCGAAUCGGUUCUUCCGUCGAAUUCGAUUGGUGUUCCGUCCGGGCAAUCCGAACAUUGCGCGAGCAAGGCUUCAAGACAGUCAUGGUGAAUUACAAUCCGGAGACCGUGAGUACUGACUACGACGAGGCCGACCGCCUGUACUUCGAAAACAUCAGUCUGGAGACUGUUUUGGAUAUCUAUGGCAUGGAGGGCUCCAGCGGAGUGGUCAUCUCCAUGGGUGGCCAGACGCCGAACAACAUCGCGCUUCCCCUUCAUCGUAUGAAUGUCAAGGUCUUGGGCACCUCACCGGAAAUGAUUGACACGGCAGAGAAUCGCUACAAGUUUUCGCGCAUGCUUGACCGCAUUUCGGUCGAUCAGCCUCAAUGGAAGGAGCUGACCAGCUUGGAAGAGGCUACCCAAUUCUGCAACAAGGUCUCCUAUCCAGUGCUUGUUCGUCCAUCCUAUGUGCUGUCUGGCGCCGCCAUGAACACCGUCUACUCCGAGGAUGACUUGGCCAACUAUCUCAAGCAAGCGGCCGAUGUUUCCAAGGAGCAUCCAGUUGUUAUCACCAAGUACAUCGAGAACGCCAAGGAAAUUGAGAUGGAUGCUGUCGCCCUCAACGGUACGAUGAUCGGCCAUUUCAUCUCUGAGCACGUUGAGAACGCUGGUGUCCACUCCGGUGACGCCACGCUCAUCCUUCCUCCUCAGGAUCUGGAUCCCGAAACGGUUCGUCGCAUCGAAGAUGCAACCCGCAAGAUCGGUAAUGCCCUAAACGUCACUGGUCCUUUCAACAUCCAGUUCAUUGCCAAGGACAAUGAUAUCAAGGUCAUUGAAUGCAACGUUCGAGCGUCCAGAUCUUUCCCCUUCGUCUCCAAGGUCAUGGGUGUUGACCUCAUCGAAAUGGCGACCAAGGCUAUGGCCGGCCUCCCGGUAACUGAGUAUCCCCAUAUCAACAUCCCUCCGGAUUAUGUCGGCGUCAAGGUACCUCAGUUCUCAUUCUCACGUCUCUCUGGCGCAGACCCAGUCCUUGGUGUCGAAAUGGCGUCGACGGGUGAGGUGGCUUGCUUCGGUCGAACCAAGUACGAGGCUUACAUGAAGGGCCUCAUUGCAACUGGUUUCAGGCUCCCCAAGAAGAAUAUCCUGCUAUCUAUCGGUUCGUUCAAGGAUAAACUGGAGAUGUUACCUUCCAUCCAGACACUGCACAAGCUGGGUUUCAAUCUGUUUGCAACUGCGGGUACUGCCGACUACAUCAGGGAGCAUGGAAUCCCUGUCAAGUUUCUGGAAGUGCUGCCUGGUGCCGAUGUGGACGAGCAGAAGCCCGAGUAUUCUCUUACUCAACAUCUGUCCAACAACAUGAUUGAUCUGUACAUCAAUCUGCCUUCGAACAACCGCUUCCGCAGGCCCGCCAACUACAUGAGCCGAGGCUACCGAACCAGACGUCUGGCCGUUGACUUCCAAACCCCUUUGGUUACCAAUGUCAAGAACGCGAAGCUCUUGAUCGAGGCCAUCGCCCGCCACUAUGACCUCGAAGUCAGCAAGGUUGACUACCAAGAGUUCGUUCCUGCCCCAGGAUCACAUCCUGAGCAGAAUCUUCUCUCUACGGUUAACGGAUCCAUGUCCCUGCACCAGAUGCUGGCAAGGUCGCCCUUCAAGAGAAAGCAUAUCGUAUCCGUCCAGCAGUUUACCCGCGCCGACCUACACCUUAUCUUCACUGUCGCUCAAGAGAUGCGGCUUGGCGCUCAGCGACACGGCUGCUUGGAUAUCCUCAAGGGCAAGGUGCUCUGUACCGUGUUCUGUGAGCCUUCAACUCGCACAUCGGCCUCCUUUGAUGCUGCGAUGAAGCGCCUUGGAGGGGAGACGGUGGUGAUUACGGAGACCGUGUCCUCGACCCAGAAAGGCGAGUCCAUCGGUGAUACCAUCCGCACUUUGGGAUGCUAUGGAGAUGCUAUUGUCCUUCGCCACCCGUCGGAAGAGUCCAUCGAUAUUGCAGCCAAAUUCUCCAGUGUCCCGGUAAUCAACGCAGGAAAUGGCAGCCGCGAACAUCCUACCCAAGCUCUCCUGGACAUCUUCACUAUUCGUGAGGAACUGGGUACCGUCAAUGGCCUCACCAUCACCUUCGUUGGCGACCUCAAGUACGGCCGCACAGUCCACUCGCUUUGCGAGCUCCUCAAGCACUACGAGGUAACCAUUCAGCUCGUGUCCCCCGAGACUCUUGCCAUGCCUGCAGCGGUUCUUGAGGCACUGCAGUCUCGUGGCCAGCUCAAAGUGGUUUCGCAUGAGCUUACGCCGGAGAUCGUUGCCAACAGCGAUGUGCUCUACUGCACACGGGUACAGAAGGAACGGUUCCCAGACUUGGCUCACUACGAACGGGUCAAGGAUGCAUUUGUUAUCGACAAUGCGGUCAUGAAGAAUGCGAAGGCGAACAUGGUGGUUAUGCAUCCGCUGCCCAGGAAUAAUGAGAUUCAUGAAGAGGUGGACUUUGAUCCGAGGGCAGCAUACUUCAGACAGAUGAGGUACGGACUGUAUACGCGCAUGGCAUUGUUGGCACUCGUCAUGGCCCCAUGAGGAGGAUGUCGAGUGCUAUGUUCCCCUGUUCGGCGUUUCGGUCUUUUCCCCAAAGUAUAAAAGUACCAGCGUGCGUUUCGGUUUACCCCUUCGACUUAGCAUAUAGAGCUGCCGUCUUCCUCCGUAGACAGCUUUCGAAUAGCGUUUAGACAUUGCAUGUAUGAUUGAUGAUUG